CCUGCUGUGGGAUUUCUGCUUCGUGGCCGUAACGAUGGCGGGCGCUUCCCUACAUAAUCUGUGGAAUGACCAGAAUCUGGAGGCAGAUCUUGACCUUCCCCCAGGAUGGAGAAAAAUCCAUGACUCCUCAGGGACAUACUACUGGCAUGUGCCCACAGGCACCACACAAUGGCAACACCCAUCCUUCACUUCUGACCUGGGCCACAGCGGGGAAGCUGCUUUGGAAGAAAUGGAUCUUCGGACUGCUACAGUGAGACAUAUGUCCAGAGACAGACCUAUUCCAAGCCCAAUGGCAUCACUUCCCAGAAGGAUAUCAUUGAAUUAUCAUGGUGAGGAUCAUCCUCAGAGCAACACAGAGCCCAGCUCCAAGUGCUUUGUUGUGCGCUCCUUAGGCUGGGUGGAGAUCCCCGAGGAAGACUUGGCUCCAGGCAAAAGCAGCAUCGCAGUGAAUAAUUGCAUCCAGCAACUCUCUCAAAGCAAGUGUGACAAUUGGGACCCUGCUGACAGAUGGGGUGAGGGCCAAAACAUGGUGAUGGUCUUGAAGAAGGACACCAUGAGUCUGGUGGAUCCUUUAGACCACAGCCUCAUCCACAGCCAGCCCAUCAUUAAUAUCCGUGUCUGGGGUGUGGGCUGUAACAAUGGCAGGGACAGGGAUUUUGCCUUCGUGGCCAGUGACAAGGACACGUGUAUGCUGAAGUGCCAUGUCUUCCACUGCAAUGUGCCUGCCAAGGCCAUUGCCAAGGCCCUGCAUGAAAUGUGCUCCAAGAUCAUGGCCGAGCGAGCAGUGGCAAGUAACAGCCUGACACGAUCUGUUACCCUGGAAUCUGUCACUCCAGAUGCCUUACCUUUGCAAGUUGAUGUUUUGGAUGCUGUGAGAGAAUCUGUCCAGAAAUUUGAAGCUUUUUAUGUCGGCAGCACACCUGUCCCCAAAGCUAUGGGGAUGGAGGUGCUCAACAAUGCCAUUGAAGAGCUAAUGGGCAACUGUGAACGUGGGCAGUGGACUCCAUCUGUCAUCAGUGUUUCAGACUCAGUGAUGCAAGCAGACCAGCUUGUGGCUGCGGAGGUGGAGCAAGAGGAGGAGGAGGAGGAAGACAAGGAGAACACCUGCAUUUGGCAGUGCCACGUCCGCUACGUAACUUUUAUUGGGAUUGGAAAAGACCCCCAUACAUUUGCACUUAUUAUCGACAUGGGGCAGCAGCGUUUCCAAUGCACAGUCUUUUGGUGUGAGCCAGAUGCCGGCAUCAUUUCGGAGGCAGUGCAAGCUGCAUGCAUGGUCCAGUACCAGAAAUGCUUAGUGGCUUCUACAUCGCGAAUGAGACCAAAAAUUGGUUCACGUUCCAUGUUGAAAAUGAAAAGGACUGUGUCUGUAGACUCACCGGUGUGUCCAUUUUCCGUUACGGGGCACCCCUUACAGAAAAAUGGCAGUGGGGCACCCACACGCAAGAGAGGGGUUUUCUCUUUCUUUGAAGCCUUCCGCCAAAAACAUUCCAUGCUCCACACUUCUUAGGACAAAAGGCACAGCAUGGAAGAGCUGGUGGCCCCCAGAUGAUACUUUGAACCAUAGCCACCUUCUCAUAUCCAGCCUCAGAAUGUAAAUAGCGCAAAUAUUUUGUCUGUUGAUUCUCUUACUGAAGCUCAAAGAGCCAACAGAUCCAAGCAAGACCAGUUCAUGAGCAAGGAUCCUGGCUGAUUUUGGACCUGCUAUGCAUAUUUUCUCUUAAUCCUUUGCUAUGUAGUGGUCAUGAGGAGGAGGCUUUGGGAGAAGAAAAAAACAAUGCUGCACAUGAAUGUUUGAAAAUGUUCUUUGGCAUGUGGAGCAAGCAGCACCAAAUGCACCGCACAGGCUUAAAGCCCUGCUCCUUACACUUGAUGGGUUCGUGGAGCAGAGCCGAACAGGCAUGUCAGCUUUUUUGGAACAGUAGCUGCACUUGAUUUCAUGUAGUAAAAGCAGUGGAUAUCCCCAAUUCUCCUUCCCCAGUUGUAGCAUGAACGCUUAGCGUAUGAAACCUAGCUGCAGGUCUCCAUGGAAGACGGGAGGAAGCUUUGCAACUUGAGGCAGUGCGUGGGCCCCUGCAUUUGUCAGACAUAGAUACGGAAAAGCAUUCCCUUUGAUAACUGGUCAUAAACAAUCUACAUGCUGUCAAUCCAUUCCAUGAGGCAAAGACACCGUUUCAUCAUUUUCACCACAUGGAAGCCCCUUUCCCAGUAUAGGUAAGAUUGGCAGAGGCCCACAAUAGGACUCUGUCUCCUUGGCAAAGUCUACGCCAGCCAUUUAACCUCUGAAAAAUGAUUCAGCCGCUAGUGGCUGGCACCAUCCUGAGGUUGCUAGCCCCUUGGAUAUUGGGAAGAAGCUCCUCUGAAACAAGCCAGGGAUCGUAAUUUAGCACAGAACGAUCAAUUGGUGUACAUAGCUCCAGUGCUCACUAACAAAAUGUCUGUAACAAAUGUGUGCGCGUGUUGCGCCAUCACUCAUGAUUGUCUUUUAUAACAACACCAGCAUGCCUAGCCUGACACUUGGACUGGUACUAUUACCAUAUAGCUCACUGCUGGUGAACAACUGCAAUAGACACACAAGUGAUUUGUGUUUUGUGAGAAGGGAAGUAGGGUAAGGCUCCCUGUGGAUCUUCAUACCCUUCCUUUCUUCCUGCACAUAAAUACAGAGAGCCUCUUUCUCCAACACUGGUGAAAUUGCUUGCUGGGUUCCACUUCAUCUGUGUCUACAAAUGGGUGGCUGACAUUGGUGAGAGGAAGGGGGACAUCUCUAUAUACAUUCCCUUUUCAGUUUUCAGUCUGUGUAACUAUUUUCGUUUCCUUAUUUAGAAGUAGCCCUAGAUUAAGAUAGACUCAAGUCUACCUCAGUGAUACUUUAUAUCUGAUGAUUUGUGCAAAUAAACUAGUAAUAUGGAAGAAAGCUACACUUGCUUUAUAGUUUGGCUUCUAUUUCUAGGUGUUACACUGGUCCUGGAAUGAAGUGCCAAUGUGAGUGGGGAAAUGAAUAAAUCUAAUUUGCCGUUAGUUUUAAGUCACCGUAUCAGUAACCCAGUUAGAUCCAUAGAAUGGAAAUGCCCCAAAGUAGCCUCAAACAAUACUGUAAGUCUGCAGCGCAGAUAUAAAACAGGAUUAUUUUGAAGUAAAUUCCAUUGAAUUAAAAUUCAAGUAAGAAUGGCACGGUGAUUAGUGUAUCAUGCUGGAGUGACAUGGAUCCAAAUCCUUGGGCUAAAACUCUUUCGAAAGGAACUGGACCCAGAUCUAAUAAACAAAAAGCUUUUCAAAAGCAUAGCUAACACAAGUGCAAUACUCAUGCCCUUGAAGAAGGCUGAAACGUGUUGGGCUUUUAUUUUGGAAUAAAGUCCGUACAGUACUACAAUUUUUACAU